GACACCCCCCCAGCAGCCAUGUCUUCAUCAUCCAACAAAACGCUCUCCGCCAUCCCCAGCACCCAAUUCACCACCCCGUCCCGCCCGCUCACCUUUCUCGUCACAGGCUGCUCAUCCGGCCUCGGCCUGGCCCUGUGCCGCGCCAUUCAGUCCGCAGGCCACAUCCUCAUCGCGACGAGCCGCAACCCAUCCCGGACCCCGUCUCUCGUCUCCGAGAUCGAGGGCGCCGGCGGCCGCUGGCUACCUCUGGACGUCGACAGCCCCGACGCCGGAAAGACGCUGAUCGACGAGCUCGAGGAGAGCGGCACCGCGGUCGACGUCCUGAUCAACAACGCCGGCUGGUCGAUCCACCACGCCGUGGAGCAGUUUGACGAGGCCGAGGUGCGCGACCAGUUCGAGACGGUGUUUUUCGGACCCUACAGGGUCAUCAGGGCGGCGGCGCCCCGCAUGCGCACGAGGCGCUUCGGAGUCGUGGUCAACAUCAGUUCGGGGGCGGGGUUGGAGGGCCGAGAGACCAUGGGAGUCUACGCGGGCGCAAAGGCGGCCAUGGAUGGCGUAUGCAAGGUCCUCGCCAAGGAAGUGGCCGAGUUCAACGUGCGCGUCAUCACCGCCUACCUGGGCACCUUUGGCACCAACAUGAUCAACGCGGUCCGCAUCGGAGCCGCUCCGCUGGCCGACGACUACCAGGGCACCACGGUGCACGACAUGAUCAACGUGGUGUCCACGGGCGCCUUGAGGCCGGCGGGGGACGCUGACAAGGCCGCCAAGGUCAUCGUCGACGUCGUUCUCGGCGUGGGCGCGGGUGAGGGACGACAAGGCGAGACGGCGCUGCCGCUUGGGCCGGAUGUGCUGCCCAGGUUGGAGCUGGUCAGGGAUCGAAUGGUGCAUGCGCUUGAGGUUUUUGGCGCUGCGGCCGAGUCGACGAGAGCAGAUUAG